GUGCGGGCGAAUGAACGGUUCGUCGUCUGUCUGCGCGGUCAAGUGCGAAUGAGAGCCAGAGUUCGCAUGAAUGACUGGUUGUGUUCUGCUGUGCAAGUGAAUGGUGUGGUAAGUCGUGUUUGAGCCGUGCUUCGAGUCGCACGUACGUCCUCACGUUGCUCCGCGUGUGUAGUGUACAAUUGCUUACUCUGUUCUAUUUUUAAGUGGCUUUAAUUAUUGUGAUUUUGUGGGCGGCGGCAAAGAAAGACAAUAGGGAUUGGGGCGGUUUGUGAUUGGUAGCUGUUUGAUAAGGGCAAUUUUAGUAGCAACAAUCCGUUCCGUUAGUCCGCUAACGAGCAAUAAUGACCGAUGGUAAUUGAAUUAAGCAGCUUGCGGUGCGCACUUAAGUCUGCGGCUGGGAAGAAGCAAAGAAGAGUGUAGUGUGGAAAUGUGCUGUUCGUAUGUGUGAUGGAACGUCCCAGCAGUGAGAAGACGUGUAUCCACCACAAGAAGUAAAAUCUCGUCGAUGGAUGAGUCCGGCGGCCGUCGUCUUGGUCGUGGUCGCCAUCGUGUCGGUUCUUCGUAGUUAUCGGAUCUUCUCGAUCUCUCGCUCUUGGUGGCGUACGUGUGCAAAGGCGAUACACAACAACAACGCCCCGGCGCGGCGCGGUUGUUGAUAGAAACCGUACAUGUGUGUCUGCUGGAGGAGCUCCAGCCAGCCCGAUGGAUGGUGGUGUGUUCAAUCAGUCCUGCCAGCGCGUGUGUAUAGUUAUUUGGUUUGACGAGAAGUAUUAAUAUGUGAGCUGCCAAGGAUGGUUGAAGCAAAAUAUGAGCUGUGAACAAAACGACUAAAAUAAGGAUUACGAGAUUUUUUGUUGAGAUACUUCAUGAACCAGGAUAAAAUGUUCUGAAGAUAUCGGCUAUAAACCAGAAACAGUGUUGUGAACAUAAGAGUUUUAAAUAGUAUGGAAUUGUAUCAUAUUUAUCGAUACUACACCUCUACCACGCAUCCAUCUUCCACACCAGAGGUUCAACCGGACCGGUCUUCCACCAAGUCUUCAAAAUAGGUACACAACAACAUUCGCUCACCAACGCUCAAAAUCGUAUAGUAACAUGGAAUGAACCCGGCUGAGUUGCGCUGAGUUGAACUUGAAGCGAACGCGAAUCGAUGAACAAAAGGGAGCAGAAAUCAUAACAAGAGAUCCUCAACACAGUCAGUGCAGCACGGUCGGAGAAGGUUGUGUGUGUCGUUGGCGAGAAGAAAUUGUUCCGAGUGCGAAGCACAAGUUGUUCUAAACAAGAUCACCACACAUCGCCCAGUCAGUCGUCACACAUCUGGAGAAGAACCCCGCGGCGGGAGUGAAGAGACACGGUAUCGUCGUCGUCGUCUUCGUCGUAUCGUGUGUAUCGAGUGUCUUGUGCGUUUCCUAAGAAAUUGGUGCGUUUUUAUAGGUUCUAGUUUAGAGUUUUUUUUUUUGGUUCUCCUUCUCGUUUUUGAGUUUUGACAAGUGCUCCGGCUUCGAAAACAUACAUCGAGAAGAAUUUUACGAUUCGGUUGAAACCCGGAAAAUUGUAAGGCAAAAAUAUUUCGGAAGAAGAAUAAGGCUGAAGGUUUCGGGGUGAGAUUUUUGGACGAAGCCAAUGAGGAAAGGUAGAUAAGCUGUUUACUACAUGUGAAGAAAUAGUUCAAGGAAAAUUGUGCCUAUCAUUUUGUGUCUGAAGGAAAGCUAGUUGGUUCUAGUGAACGUGUAUCUCGCUGGCCGUCAGGUAGUCGGGCAAGCUGAGAAUGACGAGAUGGCCUACGGGCCGAAGAUUUCGCGAUUGUCGCGAGCAACUGAAUGCCGUCGUCCUCGCCCUGGGUGCGUCACUUCGUUGAAGGGGCGAUCUCCAGGAAUGCAAGUGCUGGUGAUGCUGGUGUUGUUGUUUGGUGGAGGUGGAUCGUUGCUGUCGACAUCAAGUGCAGGUCUGGCCAGUGCCUUCACGAACCAGCUGCUCUACACCACCUACAUCGACAUUCGGCUGGCGAAUGUAACCAUCCAGCAGAAUACCACCUGCUCGGUGGAGAUCCUAGUCAAGGAUCUGAACGAGGCGUCCGCCAUGGACUUCUACUACGAUCGGGGCCUGGUCUGUUUCACCGAGCACAACUCCGAGACGAUCCAGUGUGCCCAGAUGCAGGGCGACUCGGGGGCACCGCAGGCCUCCGUCAACAAAACAGCUGUGAUAACCCACGGGCUGGACAAGCCCGAGGGUCUAGCGAUAGAUUGGUAUACCGAUAAGCUCUACUGGACGGACGGCGAGACGAACCGCAUCGAGGUCGCCACGCUGAACGGUAAGUUCCAGAAGGUGCUGAUCUGGAGCGAUCUCGAUCAACCACGUGCCAUAGCUCUAGUACCUGCCAGGCGGUUCAUGAUCUGGACCGAUUGGGGCGAAAGUCCAAAGAUAGAACGUGCCAGCAUGGAUGGCGAUCCGCAGUCGAGGGUAGUGCUGGUGCACGACCGGAUAUUCUGGCCAAACGGGUUGGCCGUUGAUCUGGAUAAUGAACUGAUCUACUGGGUUGACGGGAACUUGCACUUCCUGGACGUGAUGAAUUUGGACGGUAGCAAUCGAAGGACCCUCGUCAACAACCUAGACUACCCAUAUAGCCUUACCUUCGCACCGAACUAUCUCUUUUGGACGGAUUGGCAGGACGGAACCUUGCACUACUACAACAUAGCCACCGAAAAGCACGAAGAAAUUUUGGACAGUCCGGUCGUUCCGAUCACUGUCCACGCGUGGGACUCCCGUCUUCAACCGGCAUCCGACAAUCCUUGUCGGAGAAACAACGGCGACUGCUCCCAUCUGUGUCUGCUGUCGACCAACAUGGCAGGGUAUAGCUGCGCCUGCCCCACCGGAGUCAAGCUGCUCAGUCGGACGCAGUGCGCCGACGGUCCUCAGGAUAUGCUGUUCGUCGUACAGCGAACACAGAUCAGUCGGAUAUCGCUGGACUCGCCGGAUUACACAAGCAUCCAGCUUCAGCUGGGGAAGGUGCGGUACGCGAUCGCUAUAGACUACGAUCCGGUGGAUAACUACAUCUACUGGUCGGACGAGGGAUCGAACGCGAUCAAGAAGGUGCGUCCCGAUGGGACGGGUAUGAUCGAGGUCGUCAACACGGAAAUUCAAAGUCCGGAUGGGUUGGCUGUGGAUUGGUUGGCGCGGAAUUUGUACUGGACGGAUACGGGGACCGAUCGGAUACAGGUCUGUCGACUGGAUGGGUCGUUUAGGCGGGUGUUGAUCUACGAGCACUUGGAGGAACCGAGGGCGAUCGCAUUGGCACCUACGCUGGGUUGGAUGUUCUGGAGCGAUUGGAGCGAGAAGGAUCCGAAGAUUGAGCGGGCGUCGCUGGACGGGACGGAACGGGUGUUGAUCGUCCAGCAGAACUUGGGAUGGCCAAACGGGAUCGCAUUGGAUGUGGAGGCGAGGAAGAUCUACUGGUGCGACGCGAAGUUGGACAGGAUCGAGGUCGCUAACAUGGAUGGAUCCGGUAGGAAUAUCAUACUGUCGGACAAUCUACCACAUGCGUUUGGAUUGAGCCUCUUGGGAGACUAUCUCUACUGGACAGAUUGGCAGCGAAGAUCCAUUGAUCGGGCGAACAAGUUGAACGGGAAUGAUCGAACUGUGAUCGUGGAAGCGUUUCCUGAUCUGAUGGGUCUGAAAGUCUCAAAACUAGGUGAUGCGAAGGGCAACAAUCCAUGUGCGAUACGGAACGGAGGGUGUUCCCAGUUAUGCUUGAACCGACCGAGGGACUACGUUUGCAGAUGCCAGAUCGAUUACGAGCUUGAUCGCGACAACAGGACUUGCUUCAUCCCGUCUGCGUUUCUGUUGUUUUCAAGACACGACACGGGAAGCAUUGGAAGGAUCUCUAUCGAUAGUCACAACCACACGGAUUACGCUCCGUUUCGGAGCGUUAUCGAUGCCCACUAUCUGGACGUAGACAUAGCUGACCGAAGGAUCUACUGGGCAAGCCAAAAGCAGAAGCACAUUUCUCGAGCGUACAUCAACGGUUCGAACGUGGAGAAGAUCGUUGAAUCGGGGUUGAUCCAACCGGAAGGGAUCGCUGUGGACUGGUUGGCUCACAACAUCUACUGGACGGAUGCGGAAGCUCGGCGGAUCGAGGUGGCCAGGCUUGACGGAAGCAGCCGGAGGAUCUUGAUCUGGAAGGGUAUUGAAGAACCUAGGAAUCUGAUACUAGAACCACGUAGAGGACUCAUGUACUGGGCAGAAUGGCCGUCAGAUUCCAUCCGCCGCGCUGUGAUGGAUGGAAGCGAACUGAAGACCAUUAUUUCUGGUGCGAACCUCGCGACUGGCCUAACAUUGGAUCCGGACACUCGUCGACUGUAUUGGGCCUGUCAGAGUUCACCAAUUGCUAUCGAAUCUGCCGAAUGGGACGGCACCAAACGCAAGGUACUCGUGACGGCGGAUUCUGACAAUCCGUUUGUACCUCAUGCGGUCACCUUGUACAAAGACUACGUCUACUGGAGCGAUUGGAGUACGGGAGAGAUAGAACGGGCCAACAAGACCACCGGUUUCAACAGGACCAUCGUCCACACGAACCUGAAAUACACCAAUUCGUUACUGGCGUUUCACCCGUUUCGCCAAUCCGGAUCCAACCAGUGUCGAACUAACAAUGGAGGUUGUUCACAUUUGUGCCUGGCGCUAGGUCAACGGAAGAUGACCUGCGCUUGUCCAACGCACUACACCCUGACGGCAAACCGCAUAUCGUGUAGUCCACCGAAGAACUACAUCAUCUUCAGUCAGCGCAACUCAUUUGGACGAUUCAUGCCGAAUACUACGGAUUCUCCGGAUGUGCCUCUGCCGGUGACUGGGAAGAACAUCCGAGCCGUGGAGUACGACGUCGUGACGCGUUACGUUUACUGGAUUGACGGUCGGGGUCCCAUCAUUCGGCGGGCAUUCGACAACGGUACCAGCGCCAAGGUGUUCAUCGAUCCGGCUUCAUCUCCGUUCGAUAUGGUGAUCGAUCCGAUAGGGCGGCUGUUGUUCUGGAGCUGUUCGCAUACCAACACCAUCAACAUUACUACUCUGGAUGGUGAAAUCGAUCGCAUCGGCAACGUGGACAUUGGGAACUCGGAGAAGCCGCGUAGCUUGGCGCUGCAUCCGACCAAGCGGUUGCUGUUCUGGACCGACGUCGGUACCGCACAGGCCAUCAUCCGGGCCAAACUGGACGGAACGCAACGGAAGGAGCUGGUGUCCCGGCUCGAGGGUAUCACAGCCCUGGCGUUGGACCCGCUGACGAAUCGGCUGUUCUACGCCCACGGCAAGCGGAUCGACAUGAUGGAUAUCGACGGGAAGGAGAUCAAACCCCUGGUGACCGAGCACAUCAGUUUAGUGUCGUCAAUCGCCGUCCUAAACGGAUACAUCUACUGGCUGGAUGAGCGACCCGGUAUGGAGCGGAUUUCCGUGCUCGGCGAAAACCGCCGUACGGAGAUUCAGAAGAUUCCGCACAUCACGGACAUUGUGGCCGUGUGGACACCGGAACCGAGGAUGCUGCGGAAUCAUACAUGUAACUCGGUUCGGGCCAAGUGCAGUCACAUCUGUAUCGGGGCGCCGGAUGAUACCAAGGGUGAGGACGUCUGCGGAUGUCCUCAGGGGUUGAUGUUGAUGAAGGAUCGUCGAAGUUGCGGAGCGUUGCCGGUGUGUGGUCCGGAUCAUUUCACCUGUGCGGUGACUUUUUCAAGUAAUGGGUUGGACGGGGACAACAACAAGGACUGUAUUCCGGUGUCGUGGCGAUGUGAUGGUCAGAAGGAUUGCCCGGAUAGGUCGGAUGAACUGGAUUGUCCGGCUUGCGGGGCGGAUCAGUUCAAAUGUCAGUCUGGAGAAUGUAUCGAUAAACAUCUGGUUUGUGAUGGAACUACGCAGUGCUUGGACGGGUAUGACGAGGCGGUUUGCUGUAAACAUCCGGAAGACUUCCAAUGUCCGACGAGCAAGGUCUGUAUUUCGUACCACAACAUCUGCGACGGAGAUGAACACUGUGCCAAUGGAGAGGAUGAAGCCCCGGAGCUUUGUGCCGAGUACAACAACAGGAGGAUGGCUCCAAGUGGCAGUAAAAUCACUAUGCUGAUAGUGGUAGUCAUAGCGGUAGCUGUAGUCUUCAUAGUAGUCUACCUUCUACAGACCUGCAGGUCCCGGUUCGGCGCCGGAUCUUCUGAACCGAAGGAAGAUCAAGCAGCUGCUCCGCUAUCACCUGGAGGUCUGAACAAGAACAUCCGGGUGUCGAAGCUGACUUCCGUGGCGGACGCUGUCCGGAUGUCCACGCUGAACAGCCGCAACAGUACCAAUAGCUACGACCGGAACCAUAUAACCGGAGCUUCCAGUUCUACAACCAACGGAAGCAGCCUUAUUGGCUACCCGCUGAACCCACCUCCGUCACCAGCCACUACAGCGGGCUCUGCACGGUACUCCUCCAACUACCAUCCGUACAAACACUACAAAAUCAUCAACCAGCCGCCACCGCCGACGCCUUGUUCCACAGACGUCUGCGACGAGAGUGACUCGAACUACACGAGCAAAAGUGCCCGCAGCCGGGAUCGUAUCGGCGGAAUGGGCGGCGGAGGAAGCCUCGGUGGAGGCGGGACCAGUAGUAGUAGUGGCCGCGGCGGCACCAGCGGCAAGUACAAAAACAAUAGCAAUAGCGAUCGGUACGAUUCGGAGCCGUAUCCGCCGCCGCCGACGCCUCGGUCGCACUACCACAGCGACGUCGGCGGAAUGCUCCCGGAAAGCUGCCCUCCGUCGCCGAGUUCGAGAAGCUCGACGUACUUUUCGCCACUACCUCCACCGCCUUCGCCGGUUCCGUCACCGUCGAGGGGUUACUCGUAGCGGUAAGUUCUACUUUGAGGUUAGGUUUUUCGACUAUUUUUGUUAUAGCAGAUAUUUUAGGAGUUAGUCCUUCGGGAUACAAUAGUUUUAUGUAAAUAUUUAUUUACUCGUGCCGCCAUAUUGGAUUUUUCAAUGAACUUACAUAACCUCCCACGAUGAAUGGAUUAAACACCAUAUGGUUUGCUGACUUGAAAAAAGUUCAUUGGUUCACUAGUAAAGCCAUGAACAUGUUACUUGUUACAUAGAUGAAGUCAUGAGUUCACUGAAAUUUACUCGCUUUCGAGGUCACGUACAAAUUGCAAAUGCCAAAUUAGUGAAUCAAUCCUUUGUCAUAUGAACACUCGAGUUCAUCCAUAUGGUCAUCUGACAAAACCAAAUGGUUGCAAAGUUAUACAUUGACAGCAAUAUAUUAGGGUUAUAGUGACCCACACCCCUCCGUAAAGCAGCACGGAUUGCCUACGUUUUUCUAGGCAGCUCAACUGCAUAGUUUCCUAAACAUAAAAAAAAUCCAUUUCUGUUUCGGAAUGAAGUAGUCUUCCAACGAAAUUCAUUGACCUUGACCAAAACCUGGUUCGAAUGACAACAACAAGUGCCUAUUAGAUUUAAAAUUAGAAAAUUUGACCCUCCCAAAUUCAUCAGAUUCAUAAUCACUUUGGUGGGUUAUUAUUUUUGUACAUAAUUUUAACUAAGUCAACCUAACUUAAAUAUGAUUUCAUGGCAACUACCUAUCUGUAUAAUUUUCUAAUCAUGUCCGAUGCAAUAAAGAGCACAUUUUCCCCCGCAGAAGCUGCAUCCAACGAUAAAUUCUCUUACUUUAGAAAACUCAUUUUAUCAUUAUGUACAAAAGUAGUUUAAUCUAAGUUAAAUAAAAAAAUCAACCCUCGCAAUGAGUAUUGUAUCCCAUGAGAAACGUAUGAUUUCUUUAUCCCGAAUCCCCACAGUCCAUUUCAUACAUUCAUACAAAUAUGGAAAGUCAAACUUUGAAUAAAUAAAAAAGCUCUCAGCCGGAUGGGAAAAUGUGUUCAAAAGACUGACUCUAGGAAGUGCACGUUUUCGUGUCGUUAUGGUAAUAACGCAAACCAACAACGAAAGGCAGCAAACAUUUAUACACAACAUAUAGCCUUUUACACAGUAACACAAAACAAAAAAAACUAGUUGUUGAAACAUUUAGAUACGCGUACGUGUGUAAAUUAUGUAGCUUUAGCUAUAAUAACUAGUUAAUAGCCAUGUUUGCCUUCCGGGCAAACAGAAUAGAAUGCCUCUAUAUUAGCGAGCUUACAGUUUUUGGAAUCCUUUGGUAUCUGUUGACAUAAGUAGGAAACUUGUGUUACGAACAGGAACGGAAAAAAGUAUGAAACGAGAGAAUUAUAGUUUUUUAAUUGUUGUACAAAAAUAUACAGAAAAUGAUGUAUUUAA